AUGGCGAAGGUGGACGAUAAGAGUAGAGGCAACGGGAAGAAAGGCCUGAAACGGAAAGCCGCUUCCGAAGAAUCUCAAGAGACUGUAGUCAAUGGGGAUGGGGCGGCGGAAAGCGGCGUUCCACCCCCGAAAGCGGCUGCCUUCCCUCCGGGCUUCAGCAUUUCGGAGAUUAAGAAUAAGCAGCGGCGACAUUUAAUGUUCACGCGGUGGAAACAGCAGCAGCGGAAGGAAAAAUUGGCAGCUAAGAAAAAACUUAAAAAGGAGAGAGAGGCUCUUGGUGAUAAGGCUCCACCAAAGCCUACACCCAAGACCAUCGACAAUCAGCGAGUACAUGAUGAAACCAUAGUAGACCCUAAUGACGAAGAGGUUGCUUAUGAUGAAGCUACAGAUGAAUUUGCUUCUUACUUCAACAGACAGACUUCUCCCAAAAUUCUCAUCACAACAUCAGACAGACCUCAUGGGAGAACAGUACGACUCUGUGAACAGCUUUCUACAGUUAUACCAAACUCACAUGUUUAUUACAGAAGAGGACUGGCUCUGAAAAAAAUUAUUCCACAGUGCAUCUCUAGAGAUUUCACAGAUCUCAUUGUUAUUAAUGAAGAUCGUAAAACACCAAAUGGACUUAUUUUGAGUCACUUGCCACACGGUCCGACAGCUCAUUUUAAAAUGAGUAGUGUUCGUCUGCGUAAAGAAAUCAAGAGAAGAGGGAAGGACCCCACAGAGCACAUUCCUGAAAUAAUUCUGAAUAAUUUUACAACACGGCUGGGCCAUUCUAUUGGACGUAUGUUUGCAUCUCUGUUUCCCCAUAAUCCUCAGUUUAUCGGAAGGCAGGUUGCUACAUUCCACAAUCAGCGGGAUUAUGUCUUCUUCAGAUUUCACAGAUACAUAUUCAAGAGUGAAAAGAAAGUAGGAAUUCAGGAGCUUGGACCACGUUUUACCUUAAAAUUAAGAUCUCUUCAGAAAGGAACCUUUGAUUCUAAAUAUGGAGAAUAUGAAUGGGUGCAUAAGCCCCGGGAAAUGGAUACAAGUAGAAGAAAAUUCCAUUUAUAAAGUACUGAGGAAAUAGUAUUGGAUUUUGCUAAAAGGACUAUCUUGAAUUAUUUUUGAUAGAAGAUCCUUUUCCAAAUGGCAUUUACUGAUUUCAUAAACCUUCCCUGACUGGACAAAUUAUAAAGUGCCAUGAAUUGCCACUGCUUAUUGAUAGCAAAUACAAUUAAAAGUCAUCUUGGUAAGGGUUUAGAAGUUGUAGUUUAGGUGUCCUAAAACUUAAUUCUCUAUUUUGGGGUAAGAGUGAGUAAUUUGAGUUGGAAUCAAGAGUCAAACCAACUUUCCCAUGCACGUUUUCAUAGAACAUGUGGACUGCAGAGAAUUAAAAUAUUUGGUGUAGAUACUGUGUGACUCACUGGUUCUAUAUGAGACUGAUCUUGGAGUACAGUGGGACAUGGUUUCUACUCACUAUUUCUUGAAUGAAUGAAUACUGGAGGCUAGACUUUGGGGAGGUUUUAACAUACCUUAAGCUUUCUAGAUAGGCAAAAAUUUGGAAGCAAAAUGGUUUACCAAGUUCUUGAAGUUGUAAACUUUUGAAGCUGGGCUUUGAUUCCUUUUUUCUUGUCACUUUGUACCUCAUCACGUGGUACUGUAUCUCUAUUCAGGCAUUGUCCCAAGUUCUGAAGGUUUGUUUACACCUUCUAGAGGAAUUCAUAUGUCCAGUCUUUUCUCUUUACUAUUUGUUAGAAGAGUCAGCUAUAAUGAAGUAACUGACUUUAACGUGUAACUUGAUUAAUAUUCCUAACAAAGGAGUUUACUUUAAAAAGUAUUAAAACAGAGCUAACUCUGUAAAUAGCCCAUAGAUAGAAACUAGAACUUAGCAGCCUUCUGACUUCAAAUGAAUAAAAUACAAUGGUAGGUUUGCAACCUUCCUUUAAUUAGUAGUCUUGCACGUGUAUGACAUAAGGUUAUGUGACAAGAAUUUUAGGAACACCAACACUGAUAACUUACCACCUUAAUGACAGUGGGAAAACUGCUAUUUAUCAUAGCUGUUUAAAACAGGUAUAUGCCUAAGUAUAUUUCAUAUCAAUAAAUAAGAAAAAAACAAUUACCAAGUAUUUUAUUGUAUGCUGUUGCCAGUGUAUACAAAAUAAUUACCCAUGUGAAAUAGAAACUCAUGAAAAUUCAGAGAGGUAGAUGUUAAGGACUGACAAAAGUAGAAAUUUGUAUAGUAUGGCACAUGUGUUACAGGGGUAAGCUUUUGUACAGGCUUCAAAUUUAGCCCUCCUUUGAAUAUUCACUGGUUCAUGAUAAGUCGUUUAGAAAAUCUGAAAUGGAAACAAAAAAAGUGAAUUAGGCUCAAGUAUCAAAGAACAAUAGUUUUUAAAAUUUCUCACAAAUGAUUAACCAGUUAUCCUUGUUUUUGUUAUCUCUGUCUUAUAAAUUGCUCAUGUCCAUUGCCAACUUUAAGGGAAUUUAUUUUGAAGGUCAGUUUAUAAAGUGGUUUCAACUAAA